AUGAUUUCCGAUGAACAACUAGAAAAAUUCACAACAAUCGCACAAAUUGGCAAUGGUUCAUUUGGUAAAUGUUUUUUAUGUGAACGCUGUUCUGAUGGGGAGCAAGUCGUUCUGAAGAAAAUAAUGUUGAAUGAAGAUGCCAAGUUUGAAGCCUUCCUAAUUAGCCAAAUCAACCAUGAAAAUGUUGUCAAAACCUUUGAGAGCUACGUAAGCCACAGAAGCGUCUACAUAGUUAUGGAAUAUAUGUCUGGUGGAACUCUUCACGAACUCAUCAAGCAACCAGGAAAGCCUUUGGAGGACAGAAUUGUUCUCAAUUAUACAUCACAAAUUGCUUCAGCUCUUAGGUACAUCCAUCAAGAGCAUCGAAUUAUUCACAGAGAUGUAAAGCCCAGUAAUGUUCUACUUACUGAUCACAAACACCUUGAUCACAAAACGCUGAAACUUUGCGAUUUUGGAAUCGCUUUGAAACUUGAAUCCGGACAAAGAUUAAAAGGCAAAAUUGGCGCUCCUGGCACACUUAAUUACUUGGCACCUGAAAUACUUGGAGCCUGUGAGUACGACUUCAAAGCAGAUAUUUGGUCGUUAGGCUGUGUUGUUUUUGAAAUGAUUGAAAGAGAAAAAGCUUUUCCUGGUGUGCAAGAAUUGGCAGUUUUCCACAAAAUUUGCAAUAGAAUCGUUGCCAUUCCAGAAGAUUCAAAACUAUGUUUUUUAAUUAAUGUAUUGCUCGAGCCAAAACAAGAGAAAAGACCGUCGGCAGAAGAAGUUCUUACUCUUUUGGAGAAUAUGGCUUUAAUUGAGGAAUGUACAAAUGAUGGAAGCCGAUGGUGGAAUUUUAGCUUUUGGCCGAAAGGUAAAAGAAUUUAUCAUUUGAAAUAAAAAAAAGGAAUUAGGAAAUAUGUAU